CCCCUCCCCUCUCUUUCCCCGCCCCGCGGCCCGAGCCCUCUGCGGCCACUGCUGGGCCGCGGGCCGGACGCCCAGGGCGGCGCGCCGAGGAGGAAGCGGCCGGGAAACGCGCCCCGGCCGCGGCCCCAGGAACUUCCCAGACGUCCGAUCGGGAGCGCCGGCUGCGGGAGCCGCUCGCGCGUCCCCAUCUUCCAGGUGCGCGCGCAGGAGCCCGCGGUCCCGGGCCCAGGCCGCCGCGCACAGGCCGAGCGUUCCCUCCCGCCGCGGCCCGCCGGGCCUGCCACCCCGCGCUCGGGCCCACGCGCGGAGCCGCCCGGGCAUCGGGCUCGUCUGCGCCCCGCUCGGCCCUGCCCGCCGCGCCCCCGCCCUCGCCCCGCCCCCGCCGCGCCCCGCGCGCGCUGAUGUCCUGACGCGCUGCCCGCGGGCCCUGCGCCCUGGACCCGGGCGGCUGGGGAAGUUGGGGCGAGGCGGGCCGGGUAUGCGCCAUCACCAUGUCCCGGCUGGGCGCGUGGCUCGGGGAGGCCCAGUGGCUCGUCUUGGUGUCGCUCUUCGUCGCGGCCCUCGGCACGGUGGGCUUGUACCUGGCGCAGUGGGUGCUGGCCAGGGCGCGACCCCGCGCCCGGCGGCGGGCGGCGGACACCGGCGAGGGGCAGCGGCCGGAGACGGACGCCCUGCUGACCUGGAUCCUGACGCUGGACAGCUGGAGGAGCCAGUGGCAGGCGGCCUGGGUGACGGCCCUGAACGAUGAGGCCAAAAGGAAAGGGGGCCCGCUGCUGCUCUGCUUCGAGGAGGACCCGCGGCGGCAGCCCCUGGAGCUGGCCGUGCAGCACGUCUCGAGUGUGACCAGAUCCACCCAGGAGAAGGUGGUGUCCUGUAAGGUGGCAGGUGAAGCCGUUUGGUUCGUUGUGGGUGCCGUGCCUACCUCCUCGGGGGUCCCAGGCCGCCAGCUGUACAACGUGCAGCUCGCCCCGUUCCAUUUACAGCUGGAGUUCCACAUGAAAGACAAGCGAGAAGACAUCCAGAUUAGGUGGUCCUUCAUCAACGUGCCAGAAAUGGCCAUCCGGGUCCAGCCCAAAGCACUACAGGAGGACCAGCUGAUUGAGACAAAUGCAAUAUCUGAAGCUCUCAAAGGCAUUUUGAAGCACCUGGUUAGUUCCGCGUCCCCAUCGGUGGUUCUGAGCACAAAACCCUCGGCUGCGAAGGAAGCCCAGAAUCUCCAGCCCCCUGCAUCUACUUCUCAGGAACCCUGUCCUCCCAAACCUCCAAGGGCUCACAAACUAAAACUGCUGGUGAAGAACAUCCACGCCUCGCUGCUAAAUGAUUCUGGUGCUGCAGGCAUCGUCAAGCCAGUCUGUGUAGCCCAGCUGGACCACCCUCCUCAGAGGUUCUCCAGCAACUCAGCGACAAGCACUACCGACCUCAGCUGGGAGGAGGAAUUGAGCUUUGAACUGAAUGCCAAAUCGAGGGAGUUACAGCUGCAGAUUUUCGAGGACAGCGGGUCCGCCGAAGGUCUGUUGGCGAUGACGACUGUUCCUGUAGAUUUAUUUAAAAAGCAGCCCUCGGGACCACAGAGCUUUACGUUGACCCCGGGGCCCGCCCCCGGUGGCUUGGUGCUGGGCUCGGUCACCGCGGAGUUCUCUUACAUAGAACCCGGUGACUCAAAACCCUGGCACAUCCCCAGCCCCGCUCCUGCUGCAAAGAUAGAGAAAGCCCGCACGGUGAUGCCCUGCGGGACCGUCGUCACGACCGCCACCACCGUGAAAACCAAGCCGCGCUUCGAUGCGGGGAGGGCGUCCCCCCUGCGCUGCGAGUCGCCCACGAAAACUCCUGUUCGAGUGAAAGUGAUCGAGAAGGACAUCGCCGUCCAGUCCAUCUCCUGCCAAAACGCGCCCGUCAGCAAAACCUUCUCUUCCUCAGACACGGAGCUGCUGGUGUUGAGCGGGGCUGACCCAGUGGCCGAAGUUGCCAUUCGACAGCUCAGCGAAUCCUCGAAACUCAAACGGAAGUCUCCGCGGAAGAAAAGCACACUCAUCAUCUCGGGGGUCUCCAAGACCUCGCUAUCUCAGGACAGCGGAGCCGCUCCGAUGCUGGACUACGGGGCCUCCAUGGACACUGCAGGCCAGGGGGGCUCCUCGGACUGCCCGGAAGCGUCCACCCCGCCGGAGGAGCACCAGCCAGCCCCAGCCUCGCCUCCCCACAAGCCCUUGGAGAAUGAACUUGAUUCCUGGGACGUGGAAAAGGAGCCCCAGGCCGCAGGGUGGAGCGGCCAGGACCCGCUGGACGGGGACAGGGACCCGGACGGGGACACGCUGUCGGAGAGCUCCCUGAGUGUGUCCGAGUCGGGCGUCGCGAGAAAGCACAAAGGAGGAAUUUUAAGGAAGGGCGCGAAGCUGUUCUCCCGCCGGCGACAUCGACACAAAGACCCCGGCAUGAGCCAGUCGCACAACGACCUGCUGUUCCUGCAGCAGGCGGAGGGGGCCAGGAGGAAGGGGAUGACCCUCUCCAGGAUCCUGAACAAGAAGCUGCUCUCCAGGCACAGAAGCAAGACUGCCAUGAACGGUGUCCCCGGGGAACCAGGUGCGGGGCCCGCAGCCACGGCCCCCUGCGCCCCGACCCCAGAAGGCACACAGCCCCUUUAACCUCUGAUCUGGGACAGAGUGUGCCCGCCAGCCGGCCCGGGCCCUGCUUGGUCCAGCUGGGUUUUUCCAACAGCUUGGUCUUGGGGGGAAAGUUCAUGUCUCCAGGCAGGAGGUCUCCCACAGAGAGAACUGACAAAGCCCAACAUGCCUGACGAGACCCAAUGUUCCCACGUCCGAGGCUGUGGCCGCAGUUAAGAGUUGGAGUUAGAUAUUAGAAGGAGAUUUAUGUCUUAAACCAAAUAACCUACCAAAAUUGACUGGGUGGAGGGUGAUGUCUGGGGGAUGCAAUUUUACCCACUCUGCACUCUCACAAGUGUCAUUUUGGGCCCACGCUUUGACUCGUUUACAAAGAGGAGGCAACAUCUGUCCCUGUGAACAGAAUGGAUGGGUCCCCUCUCGGAACUGGCUGUGCCGAAUAAAAGUGUGCAGCCAGCCCUGGGGCCCGGGAGGUGGGGUACAGGCAGGACUGGGGGGAAACAGAGACAUUUCAGUAGGAAUGGGAACAUGGUGACAAAUGUAGGAAGACAUUUGCCUUUGAUAUUAGCCAUAUAACUUGAAAAAUUUUAUGCAAUUACUAAAUAUAUCCUAUGCAUAUUAUGUUGAACACUUUCCUAAGUUUACUUUGAGCCUACUUGCAAAUGGAAGAUAUGGAAGUUUUUCUGUACAGUGUCGAAAGCUCUCACACGAAUGGGGCAGCUGAGCCAAGGGGGGUUUCCUCCCUGGCAUACUUGCUAAACCAGAGUGCUAGCUGCCGGUCAGAAAGAGGUUAGGAGCAGGAUGUGACAGCGAAGAGAACACAUUAACCUCACAUUCAUGAAUUUUCUUUAGUCCAAGGUUGAUUUGCCAAAUAUUGCCAAUAGCCACAACAAAGUAAUUUUAGGACAAAAGAGGAAAUUACUUUGGUCUCAGGGGUCAGUCUUAGGAAUGGAAGUUUUGUAACAAAUGGGCCAAACUUCCAUCCAGUUCCAUUUUUAAGCUCUUCAGAAUUCUUCCUUUAAAAGUUCUUACCACUUUUGGGGUGCUUUUGUUUUGAUUUGCAGUGACAAAAAAUGAUAAUCUUGGCACACAAUUUUAGUAUUUCUAUACAUCUUUCAAACCGCUUUCCUCAUUAGGAUGCCUUUCUAUUUAGCUUCAGUGCAGUUUUCACCAAGAUCCACUCCUUUCAAAUGUGUCUCUUAUCAUAGAGGCGUUCAUUAAAUAGCAGUUGUCAUUGGGGCGAAAUAUUUUUGACAGCUUAAUAAGAUUCAUUUUCCUCCAAUAAGAUUUAAAAGGCUGUUAUGAAAACUUAACUUUUGUCAUAAAUAUGAAAUUAGGUGAGCUCCCACAGACCCUUUUGCUAGACCUUAAACAUAUAUUUCAGGCAUAAUAGAGCCUCUGAUGAACAAAAACCUUUCUAAAAACUAAAAUUAUGGCAUAUCCUUUUUUUUCUUUUCUUUUUUUUGCGGGAGGGAUUCGAAAACUUUUAAGAAUAUCACUUUAAAAUGCACAUUUAAAAGUUCUUAAGAGCUUUGGGAAUUAUCAAGCAACUUUAACAUAACUUUUUCACUGUACUUGUUUUAAAGAUUAUAUUCCAAUUUUAAUCAUUUUAAAAUAGCACCAAGGUGUCCCCAGAGUUUAGUCGCUUUGAUGUUUUGACUUGCAGUUUUACACACUGUUACCCUUGAGGUCGGCAGAACCUGGGACAUCGAGAAUUAAUUCUAAGAGGAUGUUAUGUGUCUUAAGAAUUUCAGACCCCAUCAGAAUUUUUCAGUACAGCUUUGAGGUUUUCUGUUGCGGGGGGAUGAUUUUGAAAUUCAGGUGGAAUCAGUUUAUUCAAGUGUGAAGAUUUCACGCUUUCAGAUGGCGCCUUCUCGUGCUCUCAAAGAUUUGUUUUCAACUGUUUCCAUUCCCACAUAGACCCCAAGAGUGUCCUGUCUCGUUUCACACCUCCAGCCAGGGCUCUGCUGCCUCAGUUUCUCUUGUGAGCUGGAGCCCUCCGGGGGACUCCACAUGCAGCUGGGCUGCGCAGGCGAAUUUAAAACGAGUGCAGAGGAUGGCGUUCCUCUCCUUUGUGUCUGUCGGGCACACAGCAAACCCCUCAAGAUGCAGUGGCCUUUUCUGGGGUCACCAAGGACACUACUGUAGCCGGGCGGUUGGGGGGGGAAUCUGAAAGGAGACGCCCUCCUGGAUGCGUGUUAGGGGGCGUCAGGGUAGCAUCUUGAGCAAACUGAUACUGUGAGCGCUUCUUUCCCAAGCUGUUCCCCGGGUGUGUUUGUUAACCGCUGUUGGGUAUUUAUGUUCAAGUGAAUGUCAUAAAUGUUAAGCCUUGGUUAGGAUCAUACACCAAAUGCUAAAAACACUAGUUUGUGAAUCACCUUUAAUUCCUUGCGUUUUUUUUUUUUUAAUGCAAGCUUCAGUGGCUUGAGAGAUUUUUAUUUUGACUUGAUGACAAUUUUACAGAGUGAUGUUUUAAAACCAGUUCCUCGUGAACACUGAUACCUGCGUGUGUCUUUAUCCCGGAACAAGGAGCCAUGUGGGCUCUGAGGGGCUCGCAGCACUUCCACACUUGCUGUGUUUAAGGACGUGCAUGUGUUCUUGGAGGAGGAAAUGAGUGUGGAUUCUCAGCGUGUGUGUAUUUAGCGUAGCAGUAACGGAAGCAGAAAUCUCAUCGUUUGGUCAAGGGAAAGGUUUUAGAUGGGGCACGUUACUGAAAUCGAGUAUCGAGUUUAAGUUCAGAGCCAGCCCUUGAUCCCUUGCAGUCCUGAGCUGGCGGACGCUGGAAGUCAGACCGUAUCCCUGCCAGAUAGACAAUGCCUUCUGCACUGCCCCACACCUGCCAGGACUGAAUACCAAAGCAUCCAGGGAGAAGGACACAAAUCCUGCAAAGCAAACUCAGGUUACCUCUGAUGAAUUGUCUUUAGCAUUCCUGUCUCAUGUCUGAGGAGGUGUUAGAACUGAGGUAAACUGUCCAGUUGGCUCACCCACCAGCUGGUCAGUAAUGUACCAUUUGUAUUUUAGGCUUAUAGUUUUCUUUAAUGUCACAUCAACCCUACAUUUAAAAAAAUGAAGAAGAAAGAUUUUCCAGGUGUGUGGACAGCUUGACGAUCGAGUUGGGUGAUAAAUUCCCACUACAAUGAUUGUAUUCCUCGCUAGCACUUUAAAAACAAAUUACAGUCCUGCCCCAAACCAAUGCAGUUGGGUUCUGGGCAGGUUUGUUUGGAGAAAAUGGUUGAAGCAUGAAUGAUCUGUUGAAGAAAUAAACGUGCACAUGAAA